CAGAGAACGCACGGGCUAUUGUUAUAUCAUUAUCAUUGUCAUCCAGUGAGAGUGUGGCUCAAUAACAAGUUGAUUCUGGCCAGCAGACACAUUGUUCAGGAAUUAGUUGGAUUGAUCUAAAGUUACUUUGGCCUGGUGUCAUCUCAACUGGACCGUGGACUAAUCGAUCACCAGUCCAAGGGUUGCAAGGAGGCCAGGACGUUGCCUAAUUGGAUCCAUUACUUUGGGGUUAAUUGUUCUGGAACAAAGUACACCAUCAGACACUCUAAAAGGGGCUAGCAGUCGUCGCGUGUCUCUUCUUAGGUAGGAUACAUAAACACACACAGAUUUGAGAGACAUCCCCACCCCAAAAGGAUCCAAGGAGAAUGAUCCAAGACAGGUUGUGGCACAAUGAACGCUGCCCACCACUCUCUAACCGAAUCAAAUGGUCGAGGAAGGUCGAGUAGUGGCCCCAGUGUUUCAUAUAGAGGCUUCAGUGAUACUCAUUAUACUUUUAAGUAACCAACCAAGUGUGUUUGUAACAAGUGCAUCAUCAUUGUCUUGUUCUUUUGUCUUUGCAUAUUGCUAAUAGUGACAACCUCCCUACCUGGCUAUCAAAAGAUACCACCUUUUGACACCGCCUUCUCUCUCCUUCUACUUUUAUACACUUCCCCUCCAUCCCAUCUUCAUCCAAGUGUGCUAAUUCCAACCAAUUGUGACCAUUUUCAUGCCAUUUUUCAUCAUCACACGUGAAAACAGUGAAUUAUUGUGAAUAUUUUUUUUUUAUUUUAUUGAUACUUGUGUGUUUUAAUAGAGUUUGGAAUACUUUCAGUGCUUUAUUAUAUUCUUGUUGACUAAUUUGGUCAAGUGAUAUUGAUGACAACUAGUGGUGAGUGACUGAUGAUAAUACGGUUUACAUAAAUGGGUGACAAUACGCAGAACUGACGAGGAAGAACUUCCCAAUGACUACGGAUAUCCCGCGACGGUGGGUGGAACCAGCCCGGCCGUAAGGACAAUUAUUUGGCGAGAGAUAUCAUCUCCACUAAGGAUGUCCUCUAAGAGGAAGUCGCCACCAACGAAGCUAUCGGAGGGCGGGGGCGGUGCGGGAACAGUGGCGGGUGGUGAGGAACAGGAGGAAGAAACAACGUCAAAGACGGGUUUAGGUGAAGUGGCAGCAUCUGGAGUUGGUGGGGCUGAAGGAGGUGGAGGUGGUGGUGGUGAAGAAGCUAACGAAGUGGUCGGAUUAAUGAACAAAGCUGAAACUGGUGAAGAUUCAGAUCAUUUACAAGAAGACUGUGGUUAUCCUCAUCAUCAUCAAAGGGAGUGUGAGUCAUCAGGUUGUUCAUCACCAACUGGAACAACUAGUGAACCUGAAUUCCAAGACUCACCAUCACCAUCACCAAACUCACCACCUGCUGCCAAAAGACAAAGGCUUCUGUACCUUAGCAGUCAUCAGGACGGCACUAAUCAACCAUACCAACACCAUCAUUACCAACACCCUAGCCAUCAUCAUCAUACAAACACUGCCCUGUCAAGUUCAAGCUUGGAACCUGCUAGCUCAUCCGAGUGCGGUUCUCCACCAACUCUACUUAACGACCAAUUUUACCCCCAUCAUCAUCAUCAUCAGCAUCAUCAUCUGCUGCAUAAUAAUAACAACAACAAUAACAGUGUCACGCACAACAACAACAACACUAGCAACACCAGCGCCACCAACGGCAACACCACCGGCGUCACCGGAAAAAGAUCAAUGGACGACGUUCUCAAAAGGCUUACAUGUAAAAUAAAUAGCGGAUCAUUGUCUCUACAGGACGAUAACAACACUGGCAGAAGGACACCACCAUCCUCCACCACCCCCACCAGUCACAAUACCCAUAGCAGCAAUAACAGCAGUGUCUCUAAUAGUCUGGCUCCCUCGCCACCUGGCGGCAAUAACGGAAGAAUACCAACCACGGAAGGUCAUCAGGACGGUGCUGCGGCCCUUCGUCGGGUCCUUAUUGCGGAAACCUUCGCCGAAAAGGACCGCAAGCUAUCUGAGAUGAUCCUUCAACUACAAUUCCUGAGGGAACAAUUGCUGCAACAACAGGACCCCAGUAAGUCGUACUCAAGUCACAUGGCAGUGGACUCACAGAAGCAGAUGGAGAUGCAGCGGUUACAAACGGAACACUUGAAACGCCAGCAGGAGCACAUGAUUCAGCAUCACAACAACAUCCAAGAGCUACAGGCACAGAUAACAAAGGGCCAGUUAAGCAUGCCAAGUACACAAUCUCUAAUGUUCUUGCCAUUUCUCGAGCAACUACGUGGGCUUCCGGCUUCAUCAGCUAUGCCGCCUCCAACUUCUACUUCCACUACUGGCAAUAAGCAUAUCAAUUCCAUUGCUAAUAUGAUCAGCAGUCAUCGAGACAAUAAUUGGACCUCAACACAUCUAGGCCAGGUAUCGGUGAUGGAUCAAAAAGAAUCAUUGCCCACCCCAGUAUCAUCAGCUGUGGCUCCAACAGCUCCACCUCUUCAGGAUCCAGAUGCACCGUUAAAUCUGAGUAAACCCAAGUCUUCAUCGGAAACUCCAGCUUCCUCAUCACCGAGACACGAGUCUCACUCGACUGGAGUUGCUGGGAGUAGUGGUAGUGGACAAGAGCAACCUCUAGCUGCUACAGCACCUAAACUCUUUCCCCCUGGUCUUCCUUUGCCACGGAAUUACUUGCCAACCCUUCCCUACGCUGGACUACCACCUCACCUAAGUUCUCUAUCAUCUCCAAAAGUGGUGGUUCCAGAUGAAGCUGGUGCUCCUGGAGGCUCUGUAGCUGCGUCAGCUGUUGCUGCUGUUGAGAAACAUUUUGCCAUGCAUGGUAUCUACAGUUUACCUCCUAAUCCCGGUGCCAUAGCACCUUCGCCGCAGAAUCAAAGACCAAUCAAACAAGAACCCCAAGAAGAUCAAGACUUUUUAUCCUCCUCUCAUUUGUGGCGUGAUCAAGCGUAUAAAGUUCCAGAUGACAUAACGGAAAAAGCGAAAAUGGUACGGCAACAGAAAAGAGAAGGAGAAAAUAAACCACAUAUCAAAAGGCCGAUGAAUGCGUUCAUGGUAUGGGCAAAGGACGAGCGUAGAAAAAUUUUAAAAGCCUGUCCAGACAUGCACAACUCAAACAUAUCAAAAAUAUUAGGAGCACGAUGGAAAAGUAUGUCUAAUUCGGAAAAGCAACCGUACUACGAGGAACAAUCCCGACUGUCGAAAUUACACAUGGAAAAGCAUCCGGACUACAGGUAUCGGCCACGUCCGAAACGUACUUGUAUUGUGGAUGGCAAGAAGAUGCGAAUUUCUGAAUAUAAGUCACUGAUGCGUCAGCGUAGACAAGAGAUGCGUCAAUUGUGGUGUCGUGAAGGUGGACCAGAAAUGGGCUUUUUAUCGCCAGUGAGUGCGGAAAUGGGAUCUCAGCAUCAUCCAGCUGGACCUGGUCCAAGUGCCCGUCCGUCAGUAUCUCCACCGGCGACACUAUUGAAUGGUGCUGCAGGACCCAGUCAGGAUCAUUCCUCAUUUUACUAUCCUCAAGACAGUCUUUCCCCCACAGACAUGAUGAACUUCUCGCCUGACAACUCUGGAUCCAUAAGUGGAUAUGAUGCCAGUCCUCGACAUCACGAUGAAGAUUGAACAGUAGCUCCGGGUCAGCCACUCUGGCAACCCGGAGCAUCUAAACUAACUCGAGAACUCUUUUGGUAAUGCUAAUAACUGCUGAUCAGAAGUCUGUGCCAUCAGCUGAUAUGUUAGCACCAGAAUGAUGAGCUGACCCACUCUCUGAUGGUUUCAACUGUGACGAUAAUCAAAAAAAAAAUCAAUAAAAGACUUCUGGAUAUCAAAGAAAUCAACUGAGGUCGCCAUAAUAAUGUCAAAGAGGUUGACCAGUGUCAAAAUAUUUUGUAAGACUGUUUAAGUCAUACACAAAUGAAUACUUUUUUCUUCAUUAACCAUUUAUUUACCCUGACCAAAAACAGAAUGCUGGAAGAUAAGUAAAUUAUCCGUUCUAUCAAUGUCGAUAGCAUGACAUGAAGGGUAUGACUUAAUAAAUAGAAGAAAAUGAUGAAGAAAAAAGCAACGAUGGAUACUUAGUACUUAUAGUAUUUUUAUUAUCAUUUAUUUAUUGAAUCUCAUAUCAUUAUCAUUCGAUAAUUGGUGCAUCAACAAUGCAGAGCGCGACAGUACCAUACAGAAAGUUCAUUUCAAAGAGGAUGAUGAUCAAAAAUAGAGAAAAAAGUUUGAGAUGCGUAUGAAGAAGAAGAAAAUGAACAACAGGUGGACGAGGACGUUUGGAGAAUGUGAUAUAUAAUACUAAUAUGUGCCAAAUAGGCCACAUUGGCUCGCGUAUAAAUCGCAAAAGUGAAAAAAAAACAAAUAAUCUAAAAAAAAAAAAACCUAAGGACAUUUUUACAUCUCCUUUUUCACCUUUUUGUUAAUUAUAUUAAUAGUCAGUGCAAUUUAUAAAAAAAAAACUAAUGGAUAAAUAAAUAACGUACCUAAUAUAUAAUUUUAUAAAGAGAGCCAGUAUCCUGAUAAAAAUCCAAGAGUGGCUUUGACUUUAUAAAUAAAAAAAAAUAUUGAAUGAAAUUCAAUAUUUAAGAAAAAAAAAAACAAUGGUAAAGAAC